AUGAGGCUUCCGACUAAGCGUACUGAAAGCCUCAGCGACAGAAUCGUUUCGUCAAAUGACAUCCACAUAAGAAGUCUGUGGAAAGCUAGUUUUGCCUACAGGACGAGCAGGCCCGAGCCCGACUUCCCCUGCGCUCGUCGGGGCCGCGGCGGUGGUUCCGUCCGCGCGCGACUCCGCCUCUACGGGCGCCGCCAUUUUGUGAUCAUACAGGGUUUUCGAAGUUACAGAGAUCAAACCAUUGUAGAUCCCUUCAGUUCAAAGCAUAAUGUUAUUGUGGGCAGAAAUGGAUCUGGAAAAAGUAACUUUUUUUAUGCAAUUCAGUUUGUUCUCAGCGAUGAAUUCAGUCAUCUUCGUCCAGAACAGCGAUUGGCUUUGUUGCAUGAGGGGACUGGUCCUCGUGUUAUUUCUGCUUUCGUGGAGAUUAUUUUUGACAACUCAGACAAUCGGUUACCAAUUGAUAAAGAAGAAGUUUCACUUCGAAGAGUUAUUGGUGCUAAAAAGGAUCAGUAUUUCUUAGACAAGAAGAUGGUCACGAAAAAUGACGUGAUGAAUCUCCUUGAAAGUGCUGGUUUUUCUCGAAGCAAUCCUUAUUAUAUUGUUAAACAAGGAAAGAUCAACCAGAUGGCGACAGCACCUGAUUCCCAGAGAUUAAAGCUAUUGAGAGAAGUAGCUGGUACUAGAGUAUAUGAUGAACGAAAAGAAGAAAGCAUCUCCUUAAUGAAAGAAACAGAGGGAAAACGGGAAAAAAUCAAUGAGUUGCUAAAAUACAUUGAAGAGAGAUUACAUACGUUAGAGGAAGAGAAGGAAGAACUAGCUCAGUAUCAAAAGUGGGAUAAGAUGAGACGAGCCCUGGAAUAUACCAUUUACAAUCAGGAACUUAACGAGACUCGUGCUAAACUUGACGAGCUUUCUGCUAAGCGAGAGACUAGUGGAGAAAAAUCCAGGCAAUUAAGAGAUGCAGAGAUUGAGUAUUGGAAAGACAAGGUGUAAGAUAUUGAGCGCCAGGUUAGAGAACUGAAAACAAAAAUUUCAGCUAUGAAAGAAGAAAAAGAACAGCUCAGUGCUGAAAGACAAGAACAAAUUAAGCAGAGGACUAAGUUGGAGCUUAAAGCCAAGGAUUUACAAGACGAAUUGGCAGGCAAUAGUGAACAAAGGAAACGUUUGUUAAAAGAGAGACAGAAGCUGCUUGAAAAAAUAGAAGAAAAACAGAAAGAAUUGGCAGAAACAGAACCUAAAUUCAACAGUGUGAAAGAAAAAGAAGAGCGCGGAAUUGCUAGAUUGGCUCAAGCUACCCAGGAAAGAACAGAUCUUUAUGCAAAGCAGGGGCGAGGAAGCCAGUUUACAUCAAAAGAAGAAAGGGACAAAUGGAUUAAAAAGGAACUCAAGUCUUUAGAUCAGGCCAUUAAUGACAAGAAGAGACAAAUUGCUGCUAUACAUAAAGAUUUGGAGGACACCGAGGCAAAUAAAGAGAAAAAUCUGGAGCAGUAUAAUAAACUGGAUCAGGAUCUUAAUGAAGUCAAAGCUCGAGUUGAAGAACUGGACAGAAAAUAUUAUGAAGUGAAAAAUAAGAAAGAUGAAUUACAAAGUGAAAGAAAUUACUUGUGGAGAGAGGAGAAUGCAGAACAGCAAGCACUUGCAGCUAAAAGAGAAGAUCUCGAAAAGAAGCAGCAACUUCUUAGAGCGGCCACAGGAAAGGCCAUAUUAAAUGGAAUAGACAGCAUAAACAAAGUACUAGACCACUUUCGUCGAAAAGGAAUAAACCAGCAUGUUCAAAAUGGCUAUCAUGGCAUUGUGAUGAAUAACUUCGAAUGUGAGCCAGCUUUCUAUACAUGUGUGGAAGUCACUGCUGGAAACCGGUUAUUUUAUCACAUUGUUGAUUCGGAUGAAGUCAGCACGAAGAUUUUAAUGGAGUUUAAUAAAAUGAAUCUUCCUGGAGAGGUCACUUUUCUGCCUCUUAACAAGUUAGAUGUCAGGGAUACUGCCUAUCCUGAAACCAAUGAUGCUAUUCCUAUGAUUAGUAAACUGAGGUACAAUCCCAGAUUUGACAAAGCUUUUAAACAUGUGUUUGGAAAGACACUUAUAUGUCGUAGCAUGGAAGUUUCAACCCAGCUGGCUCGUGCUUUCACUAUGGACUGCAUUACUUUGGAAGGUGACCAAGUCAGUCAUCGUGGUGCUCUAACGGGGGGUUACUAUGACACAAGGAAAUCACGACUUGAAUUGCAAAAAGAUGUUAGAAAAGCAGAAGAAGAAUUAGGUGAGCUCGAGGCCAAGCUCAAUGAAAACCUGCGCAGAAAUAUUGAAAGGAUUAAUAAUGAAAUCGACCAGUUGAUGAACCAGAUGCAGCAGAUAGAGACUCAGCAAAGGAAAUUUAAAGCGUCCAGAGAUAGCAUAUUAUCAGAAAUGAAGAUGCUAAAAGAGAAGAGGCAGCAGUCUGAGAAAACCUUUAUGCCUAAGCAACGUAGUUUACAGAGUUUGGAGGCAAGUUUGCAUGCUAUGGAGUCCACCAGAGAAUCAUUGAAAGCAGAAUUGGGAACCGACUUGCUUUCUCAACUUAGUCUAGAAGAUCAAAAGAGAGUGGAUGCACUGAAUGAUGAAAUACGGCAACUUCAGCAGGAAAAUAGACAGUUACUCAAUGAAAGAAUUAAAUUAGAAGGAAUUAUUACUCGAGUAGAGACUUACCUCAAUGAAAAUCUCAGAAAACGCUUGGACCAAGUAGAACAGGAACUUAAUGAACUGAGAGAGACAGAAGGGGGUACUGUUCUUACUGCCACAACAUCAGAACUCGAAGCCAUCAAUAAAAGAGUAAAAGAUACUAUGGCACGAUCAGAAGAUUUGGACAAUUCCAUUGAUAAAACAGAAGCUGGAAUUAAAGAGCUUCAGAAGAGUAUGGAGCGGUGGAAGAAUAUGGAAAAAGAACAUAUGGAUGCUAUAAAUCAUGAUACUAAAGAACUGGAAAAGAUGACAAAUCGACAGGGCAUGCUGUUAAAGAAGAAGGAAGAGUGUAUGAAGAAAAUUCGAGAACUUGGAUCACUUCCCCAGGAAGCAUUUGAAAAGUACCAGACAUUGAGCCUCAAACAAUUGUUUCGAAAACUUGAACAGUGCAACACAGAAUUAAAGAAGUACAGCCAUGUUAACAAAAAAGCUUUAGAUCAGUUUGUAAAUUUCUCUGAGCAAAAAGAAAAGUUAAUAAAGCGACAGGAAGAGUUAGAUAGGGGAUACAAAUCUAUCAUGGAACUGAUGAACGUACUUGAACUUCGAAAAUAUGAAGCUAUUCAGUUAACUUUCAAACAGGUGUCCAAGAACUUCAGUGAAGUAUUCCAGAAAUUAGUACCUGGUGGCAAAGCUACUUUGGUGAUGAAGAAAGGCGAUGUAGAAGGCAGUCAGUCUCAGGAUGAAGGAGAAGGAAGUGGUGAAAGCGAGAGAGGUUCUGGGUCACAAAGCAGUGUCCCAUCAGUUGACCAGUUCACUGGAGUCGGAAUCAGGGUGUCUUUUACAGGAAAACAAGGUGAAAUGAGAGAAAUGCAACAACUUUCAGGUGGACAGAAAUCCUUGGUAGCCCUUGCUCUGAUUUUUGCCAUACAGAAAUGUGACCCAGCCCCUUUUUACUUGUUUGAUGAAAUUGACCAGGCUCUGGAUGCUCAGCACAGGAAGGCUGUGUCAGAUAUGAUUAUGGAACUUGCUGUACAUGCUCAAUUUAUUACAACUACAUUUAGGCCUGAACUGCUUGAGUCAGCUGACAAAUUCUAUGGUGUAAAGUUCAGAAAUAAGGUUAGUCAUAUUGAUGUGAUCACAGCAGAAAUGGCCAAAGACUUUGUCGAAGAUGAUACCACUCAUGGUUAAUUGGAAAAUAUUGCCCACUGGUUUGGAAGAUGUGUAUAAUAUGAUUCUCAUACCCAGAAGCUGUAAAUUUAAACCUGAAUAUUUGGUU